AUGCUUUCUCUUAAUAGCAUGUUUAGGGCACGAGUUUGUUUCAUUACUAACUCUUUGAGUUCCGCACGCAGUGCUGGCACUCGACCUAAAGCCCCGUGGUGCCUGUCAGGAUUCGGACAACCGAGGGGAAAUCACCUCCAUGUUGUUAGAAGGUCGCCGCUUAACCUGAAAAUCAAGGUGCAGUCUCUCACGCCAUCGUCAUAUCUUUCUACCUGCGCUCAAUCUGAAGAUGGGAAUCUUAUUUACACAGGCAGUCUGGGAACCGCAGUUCGUGGGGUGAAGUUCUUCUCUUACAGCACAAGCGCGGCCAGUCUCUUUCUCAUGCCACAGAUCCUCUUGAAAACUGGAAUCGGCGUCCAGAGCCUUGCCCUCCAAGUGGUUUUCUGCGGCAUUAUCGGCUGCUUCACCUUCCUUACCCCAUUGUUCCUCCACCUUCUUACCAAGGGUUACGUCAUUCGUCUGUACCACAACCCGGAGCGGGACACCUAUACCGCAAUAACCUACAGCGUCUUCCUGACUGAGCUAAGGACAGUCUUUCAUCAGAAGCAGGUCAGUAUACCAGCUGUCAGCAAGAUGUUCACCACCUUCUACGCCAACAACACGGGGAUGCUGGUGAACCCCGAUAUGUUCUCCCUGCCUCAGGACUACAAUCACCUGAUGGGCUAUGAUAAGCCUUUCACUUUAAAAGCAGAAUACAUGGACAGACCGUGA